AAAAAAAGCAAACUAUGGACGCGGUAUAAGAAUAGCGGAGGACGAGCUAUUCUCUUCUAGUCCUCAGUUCUCGACUUUCUGGGUUUUUUUCUCCUUCAUAGCUGCUGCUUCGCUCUUCAGGUUCUUCAUUGCACACCGAUGACUUUUGAUCUCAACAAGAAGAAGCACUCAUCAAUCAUUCGGGAGCUUUGUUUAAUGAACCGACAGAGGCAGUGGUGUUCGCGGAAGAUCUUGUUUCGGCAUUGGACUUGAUACUCAUUUUUCUAGAGGAGGGAGUGUGUAUGAUAGUGUUCUUUCUGUUUUCUAGGCUGCAGAUUUUGGUGUUGUUUGAGAGCCAGUGUUGUUAGGAAGAGGGUUUGAGUAACAUCUUUUGAAGAAUUUCUACAUUGGUUUUUUAAGGGUUAUUAGUAGAUACUCGGACUAAGAUUUAGAUUUUGCCAUGGGGAAAGCAUCAUUUCCGCCUGGUUUUCGGUUUUCUCCAACUGAUGUUGAGCUUGUGAAAUACUAUUUGAAGAGGAAAGUAAUGGGGAAAAGACUUCAUGUUAAAGUCAUUGCCGAGGUUGACAUUUACAAGUACGCUCCUUGGGAUCUUCCAGACAAAUCUUGUUGGCGAUUUGGAGAUCUAAAAUGGUACUUCUUUUCUCCUAUAGAAAAGAAAUAUGCAACUGGGGCUAGAGUGAAUCGUGCCACUGAAGCUGGGUACUGGAAAAUGUCAGGAAAGGAUAGAUCUGUUAAUUACAAUGGUGAAGUGGUCGGCUGGAUCAAGUCUUUAGUUUUUUACACAGGUCGACCUUCACUAGGAGAACGGACAGAUUGGGUUUUGCAUGAGUAUAGGCUUGAAGAUAAGGGCGUGCCUCUGGAAUCAUAUGUUUUAUGUGUACUUUUCCAAAAGGAAGGGCAAGGGCCAAAAAAUGGUGCACAAUAUGGUGCACCCUUUAAAGAGGAAGAUUGGACUGAUGAUGAGGUUGAAAUCUGUUUAGACACAGUCCCACAUGCAAAUAGGCCUGAGCCAGACCUUGUUCUGCCUAGGGGAUAUAAUAGUUCCAGUCUUACUAGCACAGAUUGCCCUGAGGGUAUGUGCAUAGGCCCUUCAUCUGAAUCCUGCAUAUCAGAUGUUGUACCACCUUCUUGCAAUAUUUUCUGCUCAGUUCCCAGUAAUUCUGUUACAACAGAGAAGCAGUCUGUUUCAGCCGGUGCUGAUAUCCUGUCCAUGUUAGAUUGCUUUGUGGAAGAAAGCACUUUCCUUAUCAAUGGCAAUGACAAAAAUAAGGAGCUUGAUAACCUGAUUCAUUCUGGAAAUACAAGUACCACACAGAAGCUUGAUAUUCUGAAUUCUAGAAAUGCAAAUGCUACAGAGGAGCGUGAUAAUAUUCCUCAUUCUGGAAAUGCGAAUGCUACAGAUCAUUUUAAUAGAAGUGAUAUUUAUAGAGAUUUAGCAGACUUGGGCAACUUGGGUAGAGUUGAAGACGGGCAUGGUUCUGUGUAUACCAUGGACGAGAUUUUCGAGCUAGUUGAUCUUGACAAACCGUUGAACUGCGAUACUUCCAUGUAUAAUUUACCAUCUUCAUAGGUUUAGUCAGCCCUCGCACUUAGCUGAGAGAGACGCCACCUGAAGACCGGCACUUGAGACAAUUUCUGAUAGUAGUCUUUUCUGGGUCAAUAUCACUAUUUCCUUUUAUGGGAAUCCUCAGAUCAUGAUGUUGCAAUGGCCAAUGUCGGACGGGGUGUAUCCCAUGAUUGAUCUCUCCUACCUGAUCAUAAUUUAUAAUUUUUUGUAUUAUUGUUAUUUUUCUUUUGGAAAUGAUUAUUAUUUAUCAUUAUUAUUUAAUUGGAUAAAAGCUAUAAAUAUUCUUUGUGGUUUGGAGUAA